UUCUUUCCUUCAUCUCCAAUAGCAACUGAGUUAGUUCUAUUUAUUCUCCAUCAGAGUUUUUUCUCCAAGGCCCUGCAAUCUUUUGUUCAUAUAUACAUUGCUACAUAAACCAUGCAGGCCAGGGAGAUCACAGGACUCAAUUAUUUACUCCCUUCAGACCCUUGUCCUUACCCUGGUCACUACAGCAUGGUUCAGAACACCAUCCCCACAUUUCAACUCCACAAACUCUCAAACCAAUUCUAUGGUUUGCAGAAUCCUCCUAAAGUGCUUGCAGACUUCAGCCCCCCUCAGUCCUCAUGCAUCAGCAGCAACUCAACCUCUGAUGAAGCAGAUGAGCAGCAGCAAAGCCUCAUCAAUGAGAGGAAGCACAGGAGGAUGAUAUCGAACCGCGAGUCGGCGCGCCGGUCACGCAUGAGGAAGCAGAAACACCUUGAUGAACUGUGGUCACAGGUGGUUUGGCUCAGGAAUGAAAACCACCAGCUAAUGGACAAGCUGAACCAUGUGUCUGCGUCACAAGAUAAAGUUGUUCAAGAGAAUGUUCAGCUGAGAGAAGAAGCCUCAGAACUUCGCCAAAUGAUAUGUGACAUGCAGCUACACAGUCCAUACCACCCUCCUCCCUUGAGUCCCAUUGAUGAUGAUGUUUCUCCCUAUGUCAAAUCUGAUUCCUCAAUCACAGACUCUUUGGACCUGCUUGGUUGAAUUUGAAAACAAGGCCAAAGUUUUUAUUAUAUCUCUUCAAUUUUUCCUCUUUUUAAGUCCUUCUCUGUGUGUGUGAAUUGUUGUGAAGUACAAAAUAGUAGUAGUCUUUGCCACCCUUUUGAGAUGUAUGAGGUGAAACCUUAACAUAAACGGCAAUGACAUGUUUUUGAGUUUCUAAUUUUAGUGUCUGCUCAUCAAUUUUGUCACUGUCUUCUAAGUUCUAAUGAUAUGUUCCAAGCAAUAAGCAUUAUUUAAA